CGGUUACAGAGAACAGCGCACGACCAUCGACCAGCGACCGGAGCGCGUAGAGGUCUCUGUCAUCCUCUAUCGAGAUGAGGGCCCAUACACCCCAGCAGCUCGACGCUUCUGGAAGAAGGAGGUCGUCAGCCAGCAGUGGUCAUCGCAUCAGCAUGGGGAGCUCUCUCCCUCUCCCCAGAGCGCAAUCGAGAAUUGCUAUGGCCCGCGCAGCGAAUACGCAACCGGCCUUCGACUUUCUCACUGGCGCUGAAUCAACCACUCGCCCCCCAUCCAGAGGCGCCUUCGGACAUUCAACGCGCGUGUCGUCGAGCGAAUUCCACCGGGAUAAACCAAACGCUGAUACGGAUUAUGACCACGAGAAGCACCGCCGGGAGUUGGAAGAACUAAAGGCGGAAGUAAAAACCCUCAAAUAUACGAUAGACAACCAGAAGCAGGAGGAAGCAUUGGCUAAACUCAGACACGAGAGUGAGGUACGGGAUGCUAGGCGGAAAGGGGAAGAGGAUUUCAAGAAGAUGCAGGCUGCCGAGGCCGAAAAAUCAAAGGCUUUGCGACAAUACGAGGCUCUGUCAAAAGAGCUGACUGAGGUGCGGGAUGCUGCGAGCAAUGAGAAGGCGGCGCUCGAGAGACGAGUUCGGGAAGUCGAAGAAAGCAGGCGGGUUCUGGAGGAGGAGGUUGAAGAUAUCAGGUCUGAACGGGAGGAAAGUCUGCGUGGUAUCGAGAGGAGGUCGGCAGAGCUAGAAUCUCGAAACGAGUCGCUACAACGAGCGGUAGAAGAGUUGCAGCAAGAUUCCGAUCAAAGGGAGAUUUUACUGCGAGAUACACAACAGCAGCUGGCAGACAAGGACGCCGCGUACGGCGCCUUAGAAGCUGAAGUUCUACGUUUGAAAGCACAAACCGGUGAUGCAGACACACUGGGAAUUAUUAAACGAGAGCUCAGCGAACAGGUCGCGCACAUCAAAAAGCUUGAAGCAGCAAAUCGGGAACAGUUCACUGAAUUGAAGCAUUUCAAGAGCCUUCACAAGAGUAUUGAGGUUGUUGAGGAGGAGAAAAGAUCACUGCAGAGGAAGGUUGAUGCGAUGGAGGAUCUUCGAAAUGAAUUAGGGGAAGCACAGAUCCAGAGACAGCGCCUCGAAGAUGAAAAGUUAGCCUGGACGGCAUACCUCCAGAGCCAGGCUGGUAUUGAUGGCCAAGUUGAAUUCGAUUCUCCAGAAGCCUUGGCAAGGGCUCUGGUUGAAGAGCGUCUCCAGAGAGCAACUUUGGUGGAGAGACUUGGCAGUUUGGAGGCGGAGCUAUCUGAGAAGGAUAGUGUCAUUCAGGGCCUUGAAGGAGAGAAGUCCGCUCUGGCCGAGCAGUUGGAAAAAUCCAAAUCAGUUGGAAGCAACGGGGGCGGUGACAGCAAAGCACGAUUGAGGUUAGAACGACAACGAGCUCUAGCUGUUAAAGAAGUUGAAUAUCUCCGUGAGCAGCUCAAGACGUUCGACGCCGAAGACACCACCUUCCAACCCGAAAAUGUCGACGAAGCGAAGUUGAAACGUAUCCAAGAGCUCGAGGAUAUGGUAGAUCAAUACCGAGAAGAAGUCCGAAAGCUACAUGAGGAGUUGGCAGCACGAGAAGCAGUUCCACCAAUCACGGAGACCACCGGUUCAAAAAGGCCCCGAGACGAGGCUGAAGAGAGUGAACGUCUAGGCCAAUUGUCACGCAAAAAUCGCAAACUGCAAGAUGAACUCAGCACACUCAAAGCCAGCACUAAGCUUAUCGAAAAAGAACUCGCAGUUACAAAGGAGCGCCUAACGGUAGCAACCCAACAAAGCAAAACUCGUAUCCUCUCCCUCCGAUCAAAUCCUACCUCUGAUUUUGAAGCCAUUAAAAUGUCCACGCUCAACUCGCUUCGAAAAGAAAACGCGGAUCUCCUCGCCCAACUGCAAAGCGGACGGCCGAGUACGGAUUCAGUCCCUCUUUCUACUCUCGAGGCAGCCCAGCGCGAUGUCAAACAGGCAGAGGAUGCGGUGAAGUCACAAAAGAAGAUGAACGAUCGUCUGAAGAAGGUCUGGCACGCCAAAACCCAAGAAUUCCGUGAACUAGUCGUCUCACUCCUCGGUUGGGACGUUGUGUUCCUGUCUAAUGGGAAGAUGCGGGUGACGAGUUUCUUCUACCCCAGCAAGGGGGACCACGAAAAUAGCAUCGAGUUUGACGGUGACAAAGGCACCAUGAAGGUCUCUGGCGGGCCGCAGAGUGCGUUUGCGAUGAAAAUCAAAGAGCAGAUUAAGUUUUGGGUUCACGGGAGGGGAAGUGUGCCCUGCUUCUUAGCCGCUCUGACGCUGGAAUUUUACGAGGAGGCUAAUAAAGAUGGUACCUUGAGGGUAGAUGUCUAGUCGCUGUUAUGAUUAUGAAUGAGACAUUGAGUACUGACCUGGAAGAGGGAUCGCUGCGAGCUGGCUCGAGAAAAGGAGAGGGAGGGAUAAUGCCACUGUAUGGGCGGGAGGACUCCCUAUACGUCCUAUCUACCUGAUCUAUCUAUCUGUAUAAUAGCUUACUUUCCAUUACCUUACCUAUCCACGCCUUGUCAUCGG